AAUUAACAAAACUAUAUAAAGGUUGAAAUUCAAAAGAAAUUGUGACGGUUGAGUGGAGAUGGGGCAAUCUUGUGAAAGCUAUUUCAUUUCACCACACGGGAGAAAGGGAGAGGUGGAUGGCAGGGAAAGUGAAGGUGGUGCUGGUGGGUUGCUUACGGAUGAAGGUGAUAAGGGUGAGCUGUAUCAAGGAAGAGUUAUGGGUAAUGAUGCUCGAUUGGUGGUAGGUUGUUUGGGUGGGUUUGAUUGGGAUUUUGAUUGAAGAGCUUUAUGGGGGGUGGGAUUGAACUAGUUUGGGAUGAUGAUUCAAUGAUUCAUGUUGAAAGGUGCCUCUGUGAGCUUUAUGGUAGGUUUUGGUGGUUUUUAGCUUACUAAUACUCCUAUGUAGGAAAUUGAAGAAUCAAAAUAGAAAAGACAUUUUUAU